AAAUCCAACGGCAGAGUACGGACCAAGAAACCGGCUUCCGGAAACCGAUUCGUGGCGGUCGUGCCCAGUUCGGUUUCUCUCUUUCUUGUUGUAUUCAAAAUCAAAAGAGCCCCCCCCACCCACCCCCACAGUGCAAAAUCUUACUGGCAGUUCUCUUCUUCUCUCUGCCCCAAAUUCCCAAAACCCUAAAAAAAAAAAAAAAACUUUGCUUGCUGCCAUGGAUAUGCAGCAAGGUGAUCUCGAUCGAAUCUUUUUCUUCGAGCACGCCCGUAAGACCGCCGAGGCUACCUACGCUAAGGACCCUCUCGAUGCCGAUAACUUGACAAGGUGGGGAGGAGCGCUAUUAGAGUUGUCUCAGUUUCAGAACAUGGCUGAGUCAAAAAAGAUGAUUCAAGAGGCAAUUUCAAAGCUUGAGGAGGCAUUGUUGGUUAAUCCCAAGAAGCAUGAUACUCUAUGGUGCCUGGGAAAUGCUCAUACUUCUCAAGCUUUUAUGACUCCGGACCUGGAUGAGGCAAAGGAGUAUUUUGACAAGUCAGCUAUCUACUUUCAGCAAGCUCUUGAUGAGGAUCCGGGGAAUGAUCUUUAUCGCAAGUCCUUGGAAGUCGCUGCAAAGGCCCCUGAAUUGCACAAGGAAAUCCAUGCCCAUGGUUUAGCACAACAAGCAAUGGGGUCAGCAGGACCUUCUACUUCAUCAGGUUCAAAGACAACUUUAAAGAAAAAGAAGAGCAGUGAUCUCAAGUAUGACAUAUUUGGAUGGAUAAUUCUUGCUGUUGGAAUUGUUGCAUGGGUGGGAUUUGCAAAAUCCCAGUUACCUCCACCUCCACCUCCACCAAGAUGAGUUAGGCAUUUGGUUGUCUCAGGCAGAGAUUGAACAUUUAUCAUGAGUUUCAAGCUGAUUAUGUAGAAAAUUGAGCAUCACAUCUGAUUCAUCGUCCAUUAGUUAUUUUUUUUUCACCCUAGUAAUGUUUUCUAUAUGAAAUAUGGAUUUUUCUCCCAAUGGCAGCUGCUUUCUGGAUGCAAUUUAUGUUUGUAUUGUGAUACUACAACUGUAACUAAGCCAUUUUUUCUUGGUUUGUUUCACUGGAGGGAAAAUGUUUCAGUGCAAAAUGACAUUUUCCUGGU